AUGGAAAACUACGACGAAUAUGAUUCCAUCGACGUUUAUUAUUGUGAUAAUGAUACAUCUGAUGUUGAAUCGAAUGAUGUUCAAGAUGACAAAUAUUCGGUAUCUAGUGCGUAUCAAAUUUCAGAUGAUGGUGCUGAUAAUAUUCACAAUGAUGAUUUGGUUGAAGUAGAUGUAAUUGUGGGUGAUAGAUUGGUGAAUAUUUAUUCCAUUACUACUGAUGAAAUGCGUGCUAUGGAAUUUGGUAUUGUUGAUGAAGCUUAUGAAUUUUAUUAUCGAUAUGGUAAAUGUAAAGGUUUUUCCAUUAGGAAAAGUGAUGUUAGGACAAUAGGGCCUGAGGGUAGUAAAAUAACAGUAAUGAUGCAGUUUGUAUGUAAAAAAACAUGGAUUAAGAGAGAAGAAAUACUUAUGUAG